CAGUGUGCCUUUUGGAAAUGGAACCGAAAGUUUGCAACCUGACAUAUGGUUUCCAGAGAAGCUCAACAUCUGACGAUGACUCCGGCUGUGCCUUGGAAGAAUAUGCCUGGGUGCCUCCAGGUCUUAGACCUGAGCAGGUACAGCUGUACUUUGCCUGUUUGUCAGAGGAGAAGGUCCCUUAUGUUAACAGUCCUGGAGAGAAACACAGAAUUAAACAGCUGCUUUAUCAGCUUCCCCCCCAUGAUAACGAAAUUCGAUAUUGUCAAUCUUUAAGUGAAGAAGAAAAGAAGGAACUUCAGAUAUUUAGUUCACAACGUAAGAAGGAAGCACUGGGACGAGGCACAGUCAAAUUACUCUCAAGAGCAGUAAUGCAUACACUUUGUGAACAGUGUGGUACAAAAAUAAAUGGCGGUGAAGUUGCAGUGUUUGCGUCAAGAGCAGGACCUGGAGUGUGCUGGCAUCCAUCCUGUUUUGUGUGUUCUACAUGCAAUGAACUUCUUGUUGACUUAAUCUAUUUCUACCAUGAUGGAAAAAUUCAUUGUGGUAGACACCAUGCUGAACUCCUCAAGCCACGCUGUUCAGCAUGUGAUGAGAUUAUCUUUGCUGAUGAAUGUACAGAAGCAGAAGGUCGCCACUGGCACAUGAAACAUUUUUGUUGCCUGGAGUGUGAGACCAUCCUUGGAGGACAAAGAUACAUUAUGAAAGAUGGACGUCCAUUCUGCUGUGGCUGUUUUGAGUCCCUGUAUGCGGAGUAUUGUGAGACUUGUGGGGAACACAUAGGGGUUGAUCAUGCUCAGAUGACUUAUGAUGGACAGCAUUGGCAUGCCACAGAAACUUGCUUUUCUUGUGCUCACUGCAAAGUUUCCCUACUUGGCUCUCCUUUCCUUCCCAAGCAAGGACAGAUUUAUUGCUCCAAGUCAUGCAGUCUGGGAGAAGAUGUUCAUGCCUCUGACUCUUCUGACUCUGCUUUUCAGUCGGCCCGCUCAAGGGACUCCAGGAGGAGUGUUCGUAUGGGGAAAAGCAGUCGGUCAGCAGAUCAGUGCAGACAGUCCCUUCUCCUUUCCCCAGCUUUGAACUACAAAUUCCCUGGCCUAUCGAGCACGGCUGAUGACACCCUUUCAAGGAAACUGGAUGACUUAAGCCUUUCGAGGCAAGGAAUGGGCUUCGUUGAUGAAGACCUCUGGAAAGGAAGAGGGGAGCAAGAAAUUCCAGACGAUCCUGAAGAAUGGGCUGAACAUGAAGACUAUAUGACUCAGCUACUCCUUAAGUUUGGUGAUAAAAGUCUCUUGCAGCAGCCAGUGGAAGUAAAUGCUAGAGCAAAUGAACAGUGGGUUUCUGAAAGCAUGGUUAAAGGAAGAUCUGAGUUAAAGAAAACUAGCCAAAGCCUGGCAAGUAAGAAAUACCAGUCAGAUAUGUACUGGGCUCAGUCCCAAGAUGGGCUUGGGGACUCUGCUUAUGGCAGCCAUCCAGGCCCUGCCAGCAACAGGAAAAUCCAAGAGCUGGACAUGGAACACAGUGCAACUAGGUAUAAAUGUGACCAAAAGCAAUGGUAUGAUAAUUCACUGGAAUGUUUAUCAGACCUGAAACAGGAGCAGUGUGUUAGAGAUUCAGUGGAUUCACUGGCUUUGUCCAAUAUUACAGGUGCUUCUGUAGAUGGAGAAGUCAUACCAAGACCAUCUUUGUAUUCUUUGCAAACAUACCAAGAGCUGGAGGUAGAUGACUGUGAGAAAAUGAGUAACAUGGGAACCCUGAAUUCCUCAAUGCUUCACAGGAGUACAGAGUCUUUAAAAAGUUUAAGUUCUGAAUUAUGUCAAGGCAAGGCACUGCCAGAUGAAAAGCCAAUACAUAUGCCAGUUCUCAGACGGUCCAAAUCACAGACUAGACCUCAGCAGGUUAAGUUUUCAGAUGAUGUCAUUGAUAAUGGAAACUAUGAGAACCUUGAAAUUCGUCAGCCUCCCAUGAGUGAAAGGACUCGACGGCGAGUUUACCAGUUUGAAGACCUUGGAACUAGACAGCAACAUCGGCGCAGGAAGAGUAGAAAGUCUAGGUCUGAUAAUGCACUUCACUUAGCUGCAGAAAGAAAACCCUUGCCAAAGGAAAGACUUAAUUUUUAUUCCCCUCAGGACUAUGAGAAAUUAAUUCAUAAUAAAAGUCCUCAUACUAUUCGAGCAUAUACUCCAAACCCAUACAGCCCGUACAGCCGUAUUUCUUCAGACUAUGUAAUGAGGAACCAUCAGGACCAGUUUUUUGGAUUCUUUGGUGAUGAGGAAGACUCUUGGUGUUCAACAUCAUCAUCAUCUGAUUCAGAAGAGGAAGGUUACUUUUUAGGACAGCCCAUUCCACAGCCCCGAUCAGUGAGAUAUCCCUAUUAUACAGAUGACCUUUCUAGUCCAACUGCUGAACUUCCCAGUUCUCCAUUUGGACAAAGAGCAACAAAACCCAAAAAGCGAAAAGCACACAAAGGCAAAAACUGCAUAAUUUCUUAAGCUUUACUAGUAACUAUGAGUUAUGUGCCUAUACUGUUU